UUACGCGCGCGGUACGGUGAGGUCUAACCUUAAAGUGCAUUUCCAAUUUAAUUUUCCGGGAAACUUGUGAUAAAAAGUGCUUUUUCAAGUAACGGAAGACCAUUUUCAGAACGUUCGAUAAUUGGUUGCCGUAUCACUUUAUUGCCGGCAAAAUUGAAUGGAAACAUAACGUAAUAAUAGCAAACUUUAUUUUUUUUCCGGUCGAACUGUGGCAGUUUUCAACUCUGUUUACCAAUAACAGAGCCGUUUACGCUAGUGAAAAGUGCUUUUCGUGGAAACUCGGACCAAAAACUGCUUAUUGGCAAAAUGUCGUCUCUGUUGAGUGCAGAUUUAGCUGCAGCCUGUAAUGCCCUGGGGUAUUUCGACUCAAAAUCGAAUAAAUAUUACGCGGAUGCAAAUACCUUAGAGACUGUAAAGGAUUUGAUUAGAUAUUUGAGGAGGGACGAUGAAACUCAUGAUAUACGUAGACAGUUGGGGGAGACUCAAGUGUUGCAAACUGAUUUGUUGCCCUUAUUAAAAAGUUAUUGGGAGGAGGCCGACUUAUUUGACGUCUUGUUAAGAUUGAUCGUUAACUUAACAACUCCAGCCCUUAUAUUGUGGAAUGAGCAAAUACCGACAGAAAAAAUUGAGCGAAAUUUCUAUCUUCGAGUCGAGGAUCAUCUUCAGAAUUAUAAGGAGGCUUUUGCAGAUGAAGCAAUUUGGGCUCUGCUCAGUACAAGAUUGGGCAAAAUACUCGAAAUUGAUACAGCCCAGCGAGGUGAUGAAAACAGUCUUAUUAUUGAAAGAAUCCUAAUUCUAAUCAGAAACAUACUGUAUGUUCCUGCUGAUGUCAUGGAAAAAAGACCUGAUAAUGAUGCUAGUGCUCAUGACCAGGUUCUUUGGGCUUUGCACCAAUCAGGUAUACUGGAUAUAAUCCUGUAUAUAACCAGUUCAGCGAGCGAAAAUGCGUAUUACUUACACAUUUUGGAGAUUCUAUCGUUCAUGUUGCGUGAACAAAAUGCUUCCGAGCUUGCACAGGCCGCAUUACAAAGAAGCCAAACGGAAAAACUGCGAGAUGAGGCUGAACUGUUGGCCAUUCGGAAUAAGGAAAUCAAUGCGCGUAAGAAAAAGUCCAAGGUUUUCAGUGGAACCAGACACUCGAGAUUUGGCGGCACGUUCGUAGUGAAGUCGAUGAAAUCAAUAAGCGAGAACGAGCUUAUUUAUCACAAGCCGUUAGGCAAACUGGAUUCUCUCAAUUUCGACGUCGAUAAAACCAAACCCAAAACUCCGAAAAAUCGCCUUCCGGUGAAGGCGGCUAGGAACGAACGGAGAUCCGCUUUCAGCGUUCGGCUUUUCCUGAAGGAAUUCUGUGUCGAAUUUCUAAAUGGCGCUUACAACACUUUGAUGUAUCACGUGAAAGACAAUUUGGUUAGGGCGAAAGCACAGGCCCAUGACGAAUCCUAUUACCUGUGGGCCAUGCGAUUUUUCAUGGAGUUCAACAGGUGCUACAAGUUUGAAGUGAAGUUGGUUAGUGAAACUGUGGCCGUGCAAACGUUCCACUAUGUACAACGACAAAGUGAAACAUUCUACGACCUUAUGUCUACUGAUGGGAAGAAAUUAAUCCUUUGGUCACGUCGACUCCAUCUGGCGCUAUUGGCUUAUCGAGAGCUAUUCAUGACUUUGGCGGCAAUGGACAAAUCACCUGAUGGCAAUGUGCGAGAUUCUGCACGAGUCAUUAAGAGCAACAUAUUCUACGUUCUGGAAUAUCGAGAAUUCAUUUUAACCUUAUUGGUAAAUUAUGAUGAGCUGAAGAUGUCUGAUACGUAUCUGAAAGAUCUGAUUGAAACGCAGCACAUUUUUCUGAAAAUGCUUGAGAGUUUUGUUGGCAACGAGGGAUCGGUCAUUGUGCAGAGUAAAGGCAAGAGGAGGCAGAAGAAGAAGCGGUCCAAAAAAGCUCAGAAAAGUCAACCCGCUGCCACAGAGCUCAAUCUGGAUGAGAUGUGGGACGAGGUUUCGCCUCAAUUAUCAACAGUGUUAGAUAGUAAUUUGGAACUGGCUAGUGAUAUCACACCGUUCGAUGCCGCGUCCGAUGUUCCAAUCGAUGACCAAAAGGCUGACGCUAUGAAAAAAAUCCAGGCAAGACUUAGAGAUGGUGCAUAUGAGUUUGCGGUCGGCUUACUACGAGCUGCUAGGGAAGUCUGGCCAGAGAACGAUAGUUUUGGGAGUCCUAAUAUGGCGCCGGAGGAGGAAUUUUUGGCCCUUAGAGACAUUUUCUUUGCUGACUUGGGCGAGAACAUGAAAAUACAGGACUUGGUGGAAUCGGAACAAGAUAACUAUGAUGAAGAUAUUGAGGAAGAAGAGGAAGGACCAAGAUACAAUGAAAGCAAUUUUCAGUUCAACGAUUUUGCUAAAAGGCUGCCCCAUCCAAAAAUCGUCAGGGCUUGUGGAUUGGCAUUAAAAACUUUCGUUGAUAAUUCCAUCCACACUAAUCAUUGCAUUGUCAAACUUCUUCAUAGAAUAGCGUUUGAUUGCAAAAUGUAUGUGAUGGUGUUUCAGUUGAGCAUUUUUAGAUCGUUUCAUGAGAUCAUUAAAAUGAAAGAACUUCCGCAACAUAAGGAAUUGGUGAAGUUUGCAACUUACAUCAUCAGACAAUUCGUAAAAGUGGCCGAAGUCAACAAAAAAGUUUUUAUGGAAGUACUAUUUUGGAAAUCGAUCGGCGAAUGCUAUGAAAUCGAACAUGGAUAUACGGAGUCACAUGGAAAGAAAUCAUUGCAAAAAGUUUGGUCCGAAGAGGAAGAAGACGAAGUGAGGCGACUUUUUAUGGAACAUCAGCAAUCUGGUAAUGAGCAAGACGUCGUCGAUUGGAUUACUGCAAAUAUUAUUGACCAAACUAAAUCGCGAAGGCAAAUACUGAAAAAGCUGAAGGACCUAAUGCUGCUGGUGGACUACAAAGGCAGGAAGAAAUCCGCAAAGUCAAAAUCUAGUAAUUGGACAACUGAAGAAGAAGAAAACUUAGAGGAACUAUUUGAACAAUUUAAAGGCAGUGGUGAUCCCAUGGCAAACAUUUUGGAAAACUUGGAGGUUUCAAGACCGAAAAACCGAGUGAUAGAAAAGCUGCUUGUCAUGGGCUUAAUUCGAGACAAAAAGGAAGUUAAUAAGAAAAAGGCGAAUCGAGGAAGAAAACAUCGAGAUGAGUUUUUGAGUGAUCAGAGUGAUGACGGUGAAGCUUCGCAGAGUGCACCGAUUCCUAAUGCACAAGCACGGGGACCAAAAACUAAGUCUGCAAAUCAAACCAAGAACAAGAAAAGACUCGUCAAACAUAUUCCAGUACCCAAGUCUAACAUAGCUCGAAUGCUUAUUACUUUAGUUAAUAAUGAAAUGCGGGAUUCUCUCGAGUGGUUGAAAGAGAGUUUAGGCGACGCUGGCGAAGAUUACGAGGUCGGAAAUAAUGAAGGUAUUCCAUUAGUUCCUGUAAUGGAUUAUGCGGAAACGGCUAUGGAAAAUGUCGAGUUCCAGCAACUACUCAAAGCUCUGGGUGUUUGUUCUCCUUUCGACGAACAGGGUUCAAUACGCAUCAGUCAAUCAAUCAGUCACGAAAUGGGAACAAGAGUUGUGCUGUUGCUGGGUCUUUGCAGUCUGAGCUAUGCCUCAUUAUGUGGAAAUAUACUUGCAGACAGGAUAACGGACUCUGAUGCAAGACUUAUUGAAAAUAAGCACAAUGAACUUAGAAAGCUUAUUACAAAUGGCAAAGUACCUGGACAGCCUCGAGGUGUUAAUCUGAAACGAUUGAGUUAUGAUGACAAACUUGCCUCCGCUGCUCAGAAAAUAGCGAACACUUGUAAAUUCGCUCAUCGAACCGUUGAAGAUGGACGCUGGCACGCAGUGGGUCAGAAUCUGUAUAUUUUGUAUUCGACAAGUCCAAGCAACGAACCAGACUGGCCAGAAGUAAUACAAAGCUGGUUUGAUGAGCACAUUAACUAUCAUUUUGGAACAUGUUGUGACAGCGGGCCCGAUGCUACAGGACACUAUACUCAGCUGGUUUGGGCUGAUACUGAAGCAGUGGGAUGUGGCUAUACGUAUUAUGAAACAAACGAAGAUUUUAAAUAUCACAAGCUAUACGUUUGCAAUUACGGACCUGCAGGGAAUUAUAUAGGACGCCAGCCAUAUCAAACUGGAACGCAUGGAUGCGAAAAUUUAUGCUGAAAUGUUUUUAAGCGUUCUUCGCAAUAAUUAAUUUUCAGUUGGUUCACACACCAAACUACCCAUUAAAGAGGCUAAAGUUUGCUUCCUGUUGCUUAAAAUAACUUUAAUGCCCUAAACUCCUUUAAAUAUUGUAUGCUUAUAUAAUAAAAGAUAAAAUAUUAGAUAGGUAAGUAAAAAAUACUAAUUUUAAACCCCUAACAUUUAUAUCUGUCAAUUCUAUCCCACUAACUAUACUUUUGAUUAUCCCCAAAAACAUUCAAAGUUGCUGAUCUUCCAAUAUUUGUUGCAUAAAAGGUAAGGUAUCUGAAAUUCUAUAGAUACUGUUUACUCAUUUAUAUCCCAUAGCAUUGUCAGGUUUACAAUCUAAAAUGGUUGAGUAAUAUUCAGAGUCCUCCUAAAACAUUCUGGAGGAAAGUGCUAGUUUUUGUAUUUAAGAGCGUCAAAGACCACGAACAUUACAAUAUGUUACUAGUAACUAUGAUGUAUAAUGAAGCAAGUACUUCAAACGAUCUCCAUUAUUAUGAAGGAACAAGGAGGAAGAAUUGCAUUUGUUUUUGGAAAAACUGUAUUCCGUAUUUACUGGGGUUGUUUCUGGAAUUCAUAAAACAAUAUUCUUUACAAAGCCCUACAAAUACAAAAAUGGUUACAUUUUAUUCUAAAACUGAGUAGAUAAGAAUGGCAGACCUUAACACUAGUUAUUGAAGUUAUUAACACAGUUAUUUGAACUUACUAUUCGUAUGUACCAUAAUAAGUAGAGUAUUCUAGUUAAAAUAAAAAAGCAUUAUAGUUAUCAAAUAAAAUAUGUUUAUCAAA